AUGAAAAAACUUUACUUACGAUGGCGGAGGGAUAUACUACAGCUGAUACUGCGGUCAUCCAGAGGUAGCGUCUUGUUCCCUAGCAACGGGCCGAAGUCUCGUGGCCUCUCGCGGACAGAUCCCUGGACAGACGGGAGCCAACGAGAUUUGGAGGUUUCUCUUGUUCUGCUACUGAUAAGCUGCGGAAGUCACCUGACGACAGUCCAUGGUGGCGUCAUACCGACGGCUCUGUCAUCCCCCACCGCAGCGCCUGGUCCUGAUGAGGGCCCAACCACUUACGGCGGUGCGGUCACGUCAGGUACUGACGCAGGGACGUCCCCCUUAACAACUGACGUCAUACAAGCAGACGUCAGCUCAACUACUACCGGUGGUGCGGUCACGUCACGUACUGACGCAGAGACGUCUCCUUUAACAACUGACGUCACACAAGCAGACGUCAGCCCAACUACUGCCAGCGGUGCGGUUACGUCAGGUACUGACGCAGAGACGUCCCCCUUAACAACUGACGUCAUACAAGCAGAUAUCAGCCCAACUACUGUCAGUGAUUCGGUCACGUCAGGUACCGACGCACAGGUUUCCGCCUUAACGGACGUCACACAAGCAGACGUCAGCUUAACUACUGUCGGCGGUGCGGUUACGUCAGGUACCGACGCAGAGAUGUCCCCCUUAAGAACCGACGGUGCUCACGUAGCAAGUGGCGUCCUCGAACAGACGACGGAAGAUGCGUCAACUUGUAACCAUGGCGGCGGGACAACACCUGUCAACGAGGACGUCCGUGCCGAGCGGAGCUCCGGGGACGACAGCGUGUCCCCAUGCCUGGUCCUCACGGCCGCACAGGUAGCAGAGAAGUACGGCGACUGCCUAUCUCAAGCCACCAGCGCCCUGGCCUAUCGCAGCUACCCUGCCAACACCAACGACAGGCCUUGUAGUCUUCCAGGCGACUGUUCUGAACUUGAAGCUGGAUCUCAGAGCGGGCGGCCCGUCUGUCCCUGGUCCGUUGAAACGUACCAAGAUACAAACAUGAGUCCGUCAGUCAUCACAUACAUACAAUGCCGCACAACCUGGCCGGUGAACCCGAGGGGCGAUCCGUUGUUUGACUACAACUGCCGCCACGUCCAAUACACCAGACGUGUACUUGUGAAGGAAGGGGAUACCUGUGACCAAGGAUUCCGCUACAAGUGCGUAGAACUGAAAAUCGCUAACGCCUGUGUGGCUUACAUCAGUUAAUCCUGCUAACGGGGUUACUACUACUCCCGCUGCAGUCAGAGAGAACCAAACUAUGUUUGGUCACAAGUGUAUGGUGUUUCACCAACAAGAUCAUACUGAUCUUACUAGAGUUGACUUGAUCAUGUUGAUUGUCGUGUUCCAAUGUAAGGCCUUGCAAAAAAGUUGUGUUUCUGGUUUAUAAGAAAUAGGGCCGGUCGGCAGGGAUUUUCUUUUCUUUUUUUGAGUUAAAAAAACACAUGGAACAUGAAAUGAGACACUGGUACUUUCAACAUCAUAUUGUAUCAAUUGUUAUACAGAUAUACAUUGAACAAGCGCAAAUUUAUUUAUAAACUAACUGAACAAAGAAGUACAGUAUUAACUUCACAUUCUUAAUUUAUCUUUUCAAAGCCCUAAGCAAUCUGAGUGUAAAUUACAGGAAGUUUGUAACAUGUAUGUCAACAAAAAAGCCUGGAGUUUGCAGGUUUUUGCUUGGGUCGGUCGGGUAACCAGAAACGCAACAUUUUCUUCCUGGGCCUUACAAUGGUCUAAUAACGUUUACUUAUGCAAUAGCAAGUACAGCAUUGGGAGGAAACCAAUUAUUAAGGGUAUAAGAAUAUCUAGGAAUGAUUUGAUAGCCAAGUGAGGGAACUUGCGGGAUUUUCUUUUAGCCUGAAGAAAAAUGUGAUAUUAUGCUGGAAGUCUACUUUAAUUGUAUUUCAGUGAUGAAUGAUAGCUCGCUGAUCAUAAUCAACUAACCGUUACACGUUCGUACUAUAUAUUCAAACAUCAUCAAUCAAAGAUGGAGGCGAGGAACUCCGCCCAACAUGAAAUUAAUCUAGUUUUAUGAAAUGAAUCUAGUUUCUUAAAAUUGUCUUAUCUGCUCCUAAUACUUGGAGAAGGCAGAAGAAAUGUAAAGUACAUUUCCAGACUUUUGUCCGCAUAUUGCAUUUAGAAGGUGUCAGGUCGUUCCAAGUUGGAUCGGUCUUAUCUGUAUUACUAGAAUAAAUCCUGUAUUCCACGA